AUGGAGGCAUACAAAAAGUUGUCAGCCAUUGGAUCAUGGGAGAACAGCAAAAAAGCAUGCGUAGAAGCUCAGUUGAAGAAGAUGGAGGAAAAAAUUGAAAUGAUGAAGGCAGAAUAUACAGAGAAAAUGAAGAACAAGGCGGCCGAAAUCCACAAGGCAGCAGAAGAAAAGAGAGCGAUGAUUGAAGCCAAACGUGGGGAGGAUGUUCUCAAGGUAGAAGAGGUAGCUGCAAAAUUCCGUGCAACUGGCAAUACACCGAAAAGGUUUUUUGGAUGCUUUAGCUACUAAUUUUCUUUCUUAGGCUCAAACCAAAUGAGGAAUUGAAAAUAUGGGAUUUAAAACUUUAAUAGUUUGCAUAUUUUGUUCUUAAUUAGGCUUGUUUUAUUGGUGUUUUGUGUAAUAAUGUAAUGUUUUGGUUUUGUAAAUGUCCUUUUUUUGGUGUGCAUAAUGUGAUUUCAUUGUGUUGUUGUUCAUAAGUGAAAGUGAAACAUGGUUGAGUUGUGAGACUGAAAAUUUGAACUUUUGCCUUGUACCCUUAUAUAUUCCAUACCUUUUCUUUUCUUUUC